AUGGCCAAAAUCGACAAAUUCGAGCACAAGCACUUCCGCCUCCGCCCCGAGUAUCGUGUCGUUGGCGGGCUUCUGAACCGCAUCAAGGUCGCCACUGAAAUCAAGGACAAGUUUGUUCUUCAGAACAAGCUUAAUAGGUCGUUGAGGCUGGUAAGGUGGAAGGAGGCUUAUGAUCAUGAUAACCCUGCCAAUUAUGGUGUCAUUCAGGGGGAGCAGCUGGAUGCUGCGGCUGGCGCCCGCUCGGAGGGAGGGGGUGGGUUAGAAGGAGAAACUGAUUGGGGAGCGGCAGCUAGGGUUUCUAGUUUAUGCGUUUGUAAGAGUUGGCAGAGGUUAUUGUCCAAUCGGAAGUUUUUAGAAGAAAAUUAUGUAGCCGUGGGUGGCAUAAGGAAGCCUUUAUUCAUAAAUGAAAUACUUCGACAGAUAUGUUUGGUUGAUACCAGCAAACAUCUAAAUGAUAAUGCCAUCGUGCGAACAUUCAGAACAGAUUUGCUUUGUCAUGAAUUCGGAUCCCAUAUCAAAGCUGUUGGUGCAUGCAGGGGCUUGGUGUUGGUCGAAGUUCUUUUUGGAGGUGAGUUUAAGUUUUAUGCUUGGAAUCCCACAACAGGAUAUUUGAGGAAAUUCAACAAGAGGCCACCGAUUCAGUCAACUCCAUUUGUGGAUGAAUAUAUUCUUAAGUUUCAUGGUCUGGGGUAUGCUCUAAAUAUAGGUCAGUAUAUUUAUAUUCAGAUAUAUAAAAAGAAAUAUGAUGGGAUUGGCAUAGUGGAGGGUUAUUCGUUGACAAAGGAUGAGUGGUUAACUAUUGAUACGAACAUGGAAUUAUCAUAUACUGAAGUUGAUGAUACUGUCCGGAAUGGGUCCUUUGGUUUGUAUUUUGCUGAACGUCUGCACUGGCUUGUGUUGUCCUAUACUAUUAACUCAUAUCAAAUAUUAGCAUACAAAUUUUGUGAUGGUCAAUUUGAGGCUGUUGGCCUACCUCGUGAUGUUGAUUUGUCAAGGGUUGAACUAUGUUCAUUAGUUAUACUUGAUGAAUGCCUAACAUUUUGUGGGAUUUUUGACGAUGCUGAAUUACCGUUUUAUGUUAUAAGAAUAUGGUCAAUGAAGCAAUAUGGUGGUCAGCAGUGUUGGAGUAAUACUGUAACAUUGCAUAUGUGUGAUUGGGCUUCCGGAUACAUGUUACCUGUAUGUUCUACAGAUUACGGUAUUGUUUACAUAAACAACAACAGUGGAAUGAUACUUAGGUGGAACAACAUUCAUCGGGUUGUUGAGCAUCAGAUGAUUGAAAUUAUAGAAAUUUAUCACCGCAUGACUAUUUAUGAGGAAAGCCUUCUUUGGGUUUAG